AUGCCGUUGAUUGACAGCUCAAGAAACAACGAUGCUGUCCACAGCAGUAUCAGCAACGGUAUAUCCCAUGCGACAGUCGUCGAAUCUGUCAGAGACCGAGAUUAUCGUCACAAUGACCCGAACCGGCGGCAAAAGAUUGUGGUCGUCGGGUUGGGCAUGGUAGCGAUCUCAUUCAUUGAGAAAAUCGUCAAACAAGAUGCAGAGAGACGCAAGUACGAUAUUGUUGUGAUUGGGGAGGAGCCGCACAUUGCCUAUAAUCGUGUCGGUCUCUCCUCAUUUUUUGAACAUCGCAAGAUCGAGGAUUUGUACCUCAAUCCCAAGGAAUGGUACGGGUCGUUCGAGGACCGGUCAUUCGAUUAUCACCUCAACACCAAAGUCACCGACAUUUUCCCUGACCACAAGACCGUCAGGACGUCAACUGGCGACGUCAUCCCCUAUGAUAUCCUAGUCCUCGCUACAGGCUCAGAUGCAGUACUCCCCACACACACUCCUGGCUAUGAUGCCAAGGGUAUCUUCGUUUACAGAACAAUCCAAGACCUGGAACGUCUCAUCGAGUUCGCUUCGAAGCACAAGGGCGAGACCGCGGUUACUGUAGGAGGAGGCUUGCUGGGCCUGGAAGCAGCCAAAGCAAUGACAGAUCUCGAGGAUUUCGGAAAGGUCAAACUCAUUGACCGCAAUAAGUGGGUUUUAGCACGGCAGCUCGACGGUGAUGCCGGCACGCUGGUAACUCGGAAGAUCAGAGAGCUUGGCCUGGACGUAUUACACGAGAAGCGGGUCGCGAAGAUCAAAACGGAUGACGACAACAACGUCGCUGGCAUCAUCUUUGAAGAUGGGGAAGAGGUUGACUGCUGCUGCAUUUGUUUUGCUAUUGGAGUGCGACCCAGAGAUGAGCUGGGGCCUCCUGCCGGCAUUCAGUGCGCUGGACGGGGAGGUUUUGUGAUCAAUGAAAGUUUACAAACUUCCAUUCCCGACAUCUAUGCCAUUGGCGAAUGUGCUAGUUGGGAGAAUCAGACGUUCGGGAUCAUCGCACCCGGGAUUGAAAUGGCCGAUGUGCUUUCCUUCAACCUGACAAAUCCCGAUAAGGAGCCAAAGAGCUUCAAGCGACCCGAUCUGAGCACAAAGCUCAAGCUCCUUGGUGUUGACGUUGCCAGCUUUGGAGACUUCUUUGCCGACAGAGAUGGGCCUAAAUUCCUUCCGGGGCAACGGCCAUCGAUUGUCGAUGGCUCUGUGAGCGCUGAUGGCGACAAAGAGCUCAAUGUCAAGGCAUUGACAUACAAGGACCCCUUCGCCGGAGUCUACAAGAAGUACUUGUUCACUAUGGAUGGGAAGUACUUGCUUGGAGGUAUGAUGAUUGGCGACACCAAGGACUACGUGAAAUUGAACCAGAUGGUCAAGAGCCAGAAGCCUCUCGAAGUACCUCCCAGUCAGUUUAUCCUUGGAUCCCAGAAGGACGGCGAAGAGAAUGCCGACGAUUUAGAUGACGACGCUCAGAUCUGCUCGUGCCACAAUGUCACAAAAGGGGACAUCGUUGAAAAUGUCAAGAGUGGUACAUGCAAGACUAUUGGCGAGGUUAAGUCGUGCACGAAAGCAGGGAGUGGCUGUGGUGGCUGUAUGCCAUUGGUGCAGUCGAUCUUCAACAAGGCCAUGCUGGACAUGGGCCAAGAAGUAUCUAACCAUCUCUGCAUGCACAUCCCAUAUUCACGAGCCGAUCUCUAUACUGUAAUCGCUGUCAAGAGACUGAAAACAUUUGUCGAUGUCAUGCAGGCCGUGGGAAGGAAGCCGAACUCUCUAGGCUGCGAGAUUUGCAAACCUGCCAUUGCGUCCAUUCUUUCGAGUUUGUUCAACCAGCACAUCAUGGACAAGGAGCUUCAUGACCUUCAAGAGACAAAUGACCGAUUCCUUGCCAAUAUCCAGAGAAACGGAACGUUCUCUGUGGUUCCGCGAGUCCCUGGUGGUGAGAUCACUGCGGAUAAGCUGAUCACCAUUGGUCAGGUGGCAAAGAAAUACGACCUCUACUGCAAGAUUACAGGAGGUCAGCGUAUUGACUUGUUUGGUGCCAAGAAGCAAGAUCUACUUGACAUCUGGACGGAGCUCGUGGAUGCGGGAAUGGAGAGUGGUCACGCUUACGCCAAGUCGCUCCGCACAAUCAAGAGCUGCGUCGGAACUACAUGGUGCCGGUUCGGUAUCGGCGACAGUGUUGGAAUGGCGGUUCGACUGGAGGAGCGCUACAAGAGUAUUCGGUCACCUCAUAAGCUCAAGGGAGCGGUAUCUGGUUGUGUCAGAGAGUGCGCCGAAGCUCAGAACAAGGAUUUCGGAUUGAUUGCAACCGAGAAGGGAUACAACAUUUUCGUUGGUGGCAAUGGAGGUGCCAAACCUCGGCAUUCGGAAUUGCUUGCGAAAGAUGUGCCUCCUGAGAAAGUCAUUCCUAUCAUUGAUCGAUAUCUCAUCUUCUAUAUUAGAACGGCAGACAAACUUCAGCGGACUGCCCGGUGGAUCGAGAACCUCCCCGGCGGAAUCAACUAUCUGCGAGAGGUGAUCAUCGACGACAAAUUGGGGAUUGGCGCUGAGAUGGAACAGCAGAUGGAAGAACUGGUGAACAGCUACUUUUGUGAGUGGACUGAGACGGUCCGCAAUCCUAAGCGACGCAAGUACUUUCAACAGUUCGCCAACAGCGAUGAGACUGUCGACACGGUUGAGGUCAUCAAAGAACGUGAACAGCAGCGGCCCACAUACUGGCCCAAGGACUCUGCAAACGAGGACUUCAAGGGUCACCAGUGGUCGACUCUAUCAUGGCAGCCUGUCGUCGAAGCCAACUACUUUUCAGAUGAGCACCCGCAAAUUUCCUCGGCCAACAUCAAGCGCGGGGAUACUCAGUUGGCUAUCUUCAAGGUCAAGGGCAAGUACUACGCCACGCAACAAAUGUGCCCGCACAAACGCGCCUUCGUCCUAUCUGACGGCCUGAUUGGCGAUGACGAUGCGGGUAAAUAUUGGGUCUCUUGCCCUUACCACAAACGCAACUUCGAGCUCAACGGUGAGCAGGCAGGGCGUUGCACGAAUGACGAGAGCAUGAACAUUGCGACCUUCCCGGUUGAGGAACGCGACGACGGCUGGGUGUAUAUGAAGCUGCCACCUGUGGAGGAACUAGAUUCGGUUCUGGGAACCGAGAAAUGGAAGGUGAAGAAGGGGAAGCACCAGACCCGUUCCAGAAGGUCGACAAGAGGUACAAGGGCAUGA